GAGUCCUUGCUUUCCGGAUAUUGUGUGUGCUUCCGGUUCCUCCCGUUCGGAUUCAAAAAGCCGGUGCGUCGCAAUUUCGCUCAAGCUAAAUAUCGACUACCAGUCGCCAGCUGAUUUUUGCCAAUAGCUAGUGUUGGAAAACCAUCAUGCACGCUUGACCGUGUACAGCCGCCGUCAGCUGUCAUUCAUCCCGUUGGCGCUUAGCAACACUGCAGUUCGUCAUAAUAUUGUUCCACUUACAAUUGCUCAAUUAAGCGACCGAAGCAACAGAAACACCCAGAAAUCGGACGAAAUGCGCCAAUUCCAGCAACAAUAAACAGCCAACGAGUGUGGAGUCAACGCAGGGCGACCAAAAUGAAACAUCUGCCGAAAACGGCCGUCGAGCGAAGGUAGAAAACAAACAUUGACAUAACACGUCAACGAUUGGGAGCAGGCAAACCACCAGGGGAAACCAUACGGCGCGGAACUUUAGCCGCAGAGCAUGUGUUAUGGCCACGACAAGGUCCGCCGGAGAUGCCGCCACGUCCGUUAGUUCGGGAUUGGGGUCCGGAAACCCCGGGCUCCGGAAGCUGUCCACGGCCAGUGGCGGAGGAGGGACGGCGCCCAGCUGGCAGAGCUGCUACUACUGCACCAGGGAGCAUUUUAAGACCAUCAGCGACUUUGUCAGUCACCUACGAAAUCGCCACUGCACCCGAGAGGGCGGCUCCUUCGUGUGUCGCUAUGGCUUCAACGGAGUAUGCGCCUCUCUUCCACUGGACGGAGUCUCGGAUCGCGACUACGACGCCCAUGUGGCCAAGUACCAUGUCAACCAGCACACGCGCGAGAUGCCUCCCGAAUGGGGAGUCUACUCGGCCGCCCAGAACCUGCCAGCCGUGCUCAACGAUCCUUCGCGGGGCAAGCAGAGCAAUCUCUUCACCAAGAAGUGGGGCGAGCAUUUUGUGGAGCGGAGUCAUGUGCCGCCAUCUCCCCGCUUGCCGGAUAUAACGCAUGCUGACUUUUCCGUGUAUCUGGGGAGCAUUGGGAAGCGAUAUCGCUGGCAUGAGCGCCGCCAGCAGCAAGUGGAGCGAGACAAACCGCUGGAUAAUGGAGCACAAGGGGCACCUGGACCGCAGACACCCACCCACUUGAGUUCGGUGCCCGAGAUCUUUCUGAAAUCGCAGCUACAGCUGCAUCACCCGGCCACCUUCAAGCAAGUGUUUCCCAAUUACAUGCAAACAACGGCUUCCAGUCCGGAAACACACCAGCAGACAGGCCGCCAGCUGCAGGAACAGCUGAGUCUCUACCUGGACAUGGUGGAGGUCAAGAUUGCGCAGCAGGUCUCACAGAAAUCGGCUGCCUUCUUUCACGCCAUGACCACGCAGCAUGCCAUUUUGGCCGAAAUGGAGCAGGCGGCGGACCAAGUGCGUCAGUUGCGGUCAGCACUGGCCCAACUCCACAGCCACUCGGUUGUGGACAGCUUUAAAGUGCUGCGUUUCGCCCAACGAAGACAGCACUACAACCUCACGCUGGACAAACUCCGACUGAUGGCCACCGUGCACAAGACGCAACCGAUGCUGCAACUCCUCCUGGGCACCCAGGACUAUGUGGCUGCCCUGGACCUGAUAGGAACCACCCAGGAAAUCCUUUCCGCCGAAUUACUCGGCAUUCACUGUUUCAAGCACCUGCCCAUGCAGCUCAGCGAAAUGGAGAAGCUAAUCGACAAGAUGCUCACCACGGAAUUCGAACGCUAUGCUGCCGCGGAUCUCAAUCGGCCACUGUCCGAUGGCCUCCGGGAAACGGAUAGCGUUUGCGCCGAGGAGGACAAACUGGUGGCCAUUGUGAUGGGUCUGCUGCGCAAGCAGAACUUCUCCUUCGUUCAGUCCUACCAGCAAGAGGCCAUUGCCACCAUUCGGGCUAUCAUCAAACAGCUGCUGAUCGAGGUGUUGGCGCGCAGUGACAGCGAUCAGGAGAUCAGUUUAACGGGUCACGGGGAGCAGGCCUUGGAGCUCACCCUGCCGGAAUGGAUCGCCCUGCUCCUGCGAUCCAGCCAGGCUCUGGUCUCCAUUCUCGAACGCAUUAAAACCGUUGUGGGUAUUAUGCAACAAACAGCAGACGCAGCUGUGGGAGCCCAGGAUGCAGUGAAUCUGAUAGAUUCGGAAGCCUUUCUGAGUCCCGGACACCAUGAGCAAUUGCGUUGCCAGUUGCAGCAGCUCCUGCAAGCCGUCUGCCACUACUGCCAUGAGCGUUGUGCCAAUAUUGUGUCCCCUCAGAGCUUGGAAAAGAGUUCGGCGAGUGAGCAGGAGCUCUGCCAGCUCUCGGAGAUUGUGGAUCAGUUUGGCGAGACAACGCGCAGCAUUUGCGGAGUGGCCAGUGUGCCGCUUCAGCUGGCUUUGAAAGUCCAAGCCUCGCGAUACGCUCAAAGGUUCCAUUCUGAACGGAAGCAGAAGUUGUCCCUGCUUUUGGACCAGGAGCGCUGGCGCCAGGUGGACAUUCCGCACGAGUUUCAGAGGAUCAUCGAGCGCAUGGCCGCAGGGGACUACGCAAAGCCAGAGAUGGGUAAUCUUAUAAGCAAUGGCGCAGGCAAUCCCGUGCUCCUGGUGGAAGGCAAACAACCAUACACUUUGGUCAGUGCUUCGCUUAUGCUUAUCCGUAUGUUGUACGAAUACGGGGGAAGUGCCCAUAGGCUGCCAUUGCUGUCCAGCUAUCAUGCGAGGAAUGUGGUGGACCUGCUGCGGUGUUUCAACUCACGAAGCUGCCAACUGAUCAUCGGUGCAGGAGCAAUGCGGGUAGCUGGGCUAAAGACCAUUACCAGCACCAAUCUGGCACUAGUUUCCCGAGCACUCCAACUGGUUCUUUGGCUGCUGCCCAAACUGAAGGAGCACUUCCAGGCGAUGAGUGGAUACGAGGCCAUCGAGCGAGACUACCAGGGUCACAUCAAGGAGAUCGAAAACAAAAUACAUGGCAUAGUCUCGGAGAGGCUGGCAGCCCAACUGGAAGCCUGGGAGGCACGACCGCCCAUUCCUUCCCAGACCUUCCGCCACAUCUCCAGGCAUCUGGUGAAACUGCACGAGGCAAUCGCCGGAGUGCUGCCGGAGGCGCAGAUCCACGAGAUCUACGGCGUGGUGCAUCGGAACUUCAAGGACAAGCUGCGGGAACAGCUGCUCAAGUUGAAUGUGAACAACAAUGGGGGUCCGCAGCACGGUGUGGUGACAUCGGAGCUGACCUUCUACAUGGAGACGCUGCGCACACUGAAAGCCCUGCCCGCCGAGCAGCUGGACAACGGGAUUCUGGAGGAGAUCUGGCUCUACUGAGCAUUCCGAAGUAUUCCAUCGGGCCGAAGCGGUGCACCUCCGCCGCCCAGCCGAGUUCCUCGUCUUGAUUGUUUGUUAUCCUUGUUUUAUUUAUAGAUUUUAAAUUUUCGCGUCCAUUCGGUCUGUAUUUUGUUGGCUCCACUGUACAUUGCUUGUACUUUUAUGUUCCGCCCCAUAGAAACGAAAAUCGAAAAUGUGUAUCUUUGUUGCGCACUUUUUAUAACACUUAAGCUUAAAGUCAAUGAAAGGGCUUAUGAUUAAAGAAUAGUAAAUAAACAAAACAUUUUAAA